AUAGCUUUAACAGAGCUUCUAAUGUUUAAUGAGAUACAGAAAAUGGCGGACGAGGUCGAUAUAGAACUCAUUACAGAGUUGAAAUCUGUGAAGAGAGACAGAGAGAUGGCGAUGGGAAAAGCUAAGGAAUUGGAGCUUAAAUUGGUAGAGAAGGAUUCUAAUUUGGCAAAGAUGGCGAAGGAGCUCUCUGUUUUGAAACGCUCUGAAUCACGAAGCCAAACAAGAAUUGAAGAACUCGAAAAGAAGUACAAAAUUUCCAAAGAAUCAGAAGAGAAAACCAAGGAUUUGCUAUCUGCACAGACCAAACAGCUCGAACGGACGAAGAUUUCGCUCGAAGAAUCAAAACUAGAGAUCCAAUCCCUUCGUGAAAAACUUGAGAAAUGUUCUUCCAUCACCAAUUACAUCUACAAUCCAAAACAGAGCAUUACAACAAAAAUUGAAUUCGACAGGAUGAAAUCCGAGCUCGAAUCGACAAAACACCGUCUGUUUCUGCUAAACAACGAGCUAAAAUUGGCUACAGAGGCAGAGGAGAACAACAAGACAGCCAUGGAUGAUCUAGCAAUGGCAUUGAAAGAGGUAGCAACAGAAGCGAGUCAUUUGAAGGGAAAAUACAGCACAGUCGAAGAGGAGUUAAUGCAAACAAAAGAUGAAGCAGAGAAUUUGAAAACAACAUUGAAAAACACAGAGGAAAAGUACAAAUCUUUGUUGCAAGAUGCAAGAAAAGAUGCAGAUUUGUACAAGAGCACAGUGGACAGGCUGAGAUCGGAAGCAGAGGAGUCUCUAGUGGCAUGGAGCGGGAGAGAAACAAGCUUAGUGGACUGCAUAAGAAGUGCUGAAGAAGACAGAUACAAUGCCCAGCAAGAGAAUCGCCGUUUGAUGGAUGCCCUGAGGCUAGCAGAGCUUAAGAACAUGACAUCAAAAGAAGAGAUUAAGAAAGUGAGGGACAUUCUAAAACAGGCCUUAAAUGAAGCCAGUGUGGCCAAGGAAGCUGCAGGGAUUGCAAUAGAAGAGAAUUCACAGCUAAAAGACUGUUUGGCUGAGAAGGAAAAUGCAUUGGAUUUUGUCAGCAGUGAGAAUGAAACUCUCAAAGUCAGCCAAGCUGCAUCUCUAGAGGAGAUUAAGGAGCUGAAGCAGUUGCUAGAAGAGGCAAAUAAGAAAGAAGAAAACAAAAGCAAGAGCAAAGAAGAAGGCAAGAGCAAAGAAGAAGGCAAGAGCAAAGAAGAAGGCAAGGAGCAAGUGGAGAUUACAAGAUCGAAGCCGCCAUUGAGUCCAUGUCCGACUCCGAAUCCGAAUCCGAAUCCGAGUCCAAGUCCAGUGGAGAAGGAAGAUACAUUUGGGAGAAGGCUAGGGAAGGCUUUCAGUUUCAGUUUCUUGGAUAUGAGGAUCAUGCCAGAGAAGAAGAAGGAGGUGGAAGAAGAGAAAGAGAAAGAGAAGGAGGACGAGCCUGAAAUGGAGGAGACGCUUAAAGGGUCGAUUUUCGACGAUGUCGACUCGCCUGGUUCACCCAGGAAACAUGAAAGGAAGCACUCAUUUUCUCAGUGUGGUGAAGAUGGGGAGAUGAUGAAUGAUGAGGAACUUGAUCAGUUGGAAGAGGGGAACCUGGAUGAGAUGGAUGGUGAUAGGAAUUCAAGGAAGAAGAAGGCAUUGAUGAGGAGAUUUGGGGAUCUUUUGAUGUUGAGGAGGAGGACCGUUCCGCCUAAGAAGGAACAAUCACCUGAGUGAAUUCUUUUCUCAUCUUUUUCCGUAAA